GCAUUUCGAUCGUCAUGAACGUCGAGAAAAAGAAUCACGAGCAAGAAUAUCCCGUUGAUCGUGACGGAGGACCGAGAGGAAACGGCAGAAGAACUACGCGUAGGAGCAAAAGAAAAAAACAAUCACGGAUAAUAUUCGACAGGGUGGGGGAGUUUGCUCUCUGGCAAGAAUAUAUAAAUCGCGGGUAGGGCUGAAAUUCAGGUUAGUAGAGAUUGUUUGCGAGCCUAUCGCCGAAGCUGUGAUCACAUCAUGCAGGUCUGUGCCACGUUGCUUGCCUUUGCUGUGAUCCAGGUCGUAUCGAUAGAGUCGAAACCGAUCGGGCUGAACUUGUACGUGAGCGGUCAUCAGAAUCCUUCUGAAUUAAUCAAUGUGCAUCCGCAACUUCUUCAGUACCAGAACUCUCCGUUUUACUCGCACAAUGUGGCCGUAAACGCGAUUCCAGCUGUCAUCGGCUAUGGAAAACCUUCGAUCUCUCAUCUGCCUGCCUAUAACAUCUACUAUGGCACUCCUGUAUAUGAUUUCCGGAUUCCACUGAACACGUACUAUCCACUGUUAAAACCGAUUCAACCGGGAGAACCACCAAAAUCAAGACCGCCAUCGACGACCACUGUAAAACCAGCCGAUGAAAGCGACGAGGAUGCUAUCGAAAAGUUGGACACGAAGGUCGAACCAGAAAAGAAAACGAAAAACUCGAACGGGAACGAGGAAAAUACCGGCGAUGACAGCAUUACCAUUGAAACGAUAUAAACUGCCUCACAUUUGUCACGAAUCAAUGCUAAUUAUUGAAUAAAACAUUUACAUCGUUUCCUUUCCCGU